AUGGCGAAUCUGGACUUGCAAACGGCGCGAACACUUUACGAAGCACGAAAAUGGUUUGCCAUAGUCCCUCCCUUCUUCUUUCCCCCGACGUUCUUCUACGAUGCGCCUUUUGGACGGUUUAGCCCAUCAACGAAGAGUAUCUUCACGGUCGAUGGCAUCCGCUCCUGGAUCGCCAUGGAACUCGUCGCCCUCGUCGCUUUCUCCAACUCCUAUCUCCGCUCCCCUCUCUCCCCCACCUCCACUCUCGCCCUUACCUCCCCCACACGUCUGUUCCCCAACGCCCCGCCACUCUCACCGGCGCACCCGCCAACGUUGAUCGCGCUCCUCUUCGUGACGCACUACCUCAACCGCGCGCUCGUCUCGCCCCUCCGCACGCCCUCGCGCUCCAAGUCGCAUCUCAUGGUCGCCGUCUCCGCCGUCUUCUUCAACGUCAUCAACGGCUCGCUCAUGGGCACAUACCUCUCCUCCCCGCCCGCGCAGUCCUUCCUGGCCGACGCCUUCGCGCGCCCGACGUUCUGGCUCGGGCUCGCCCUCUGGGCGGCGGGCUUUGCGGGCAACGUCGCGCACGACGAGAUCCUCCUCAACAUCCGCCGCAACGCCAAGAAGGCCGCCGCCGACGACGCGAACAACGGGAAGGACAAGCCGAGUCAGGAGCACUACGCGGUCCCGCACGGGCUGCUGUACCGCUUCAUCUCGUACCCGAACUACUUCUGCGAGUGGGUAGAGUGGCUCGGGUUCGCGCUCGCGGCCUCACCCGCUCCGUCGUUCGCGUCGGUUGGGGCGUUCGUCGCGACGGUCAGCCCGCCGUGGCUGUUCUUCUUCAAUGAGGUGUGGCUGAUGCUCCCGCGGGCGUACAAGGGGCACAAGUGGUACCAUGGCAAGUUCCCGGACUAUCCGAAGGAGCGCAAGGUCGUCAUUCCGUUCUUGUUCUGAAAUUGCAUCUUGAUGUACAUCUGGACUGUGACUCUGGAUUUGGGCCUUUUGAUAUGACCAUUGUGUACUGCAAGUGUCUUGGUAGCGCUUCAACGUGCUAGACUGCACUAGAUACCCUGUUGAUCUCC